CUGGAAGCAGUCCUGUUUUUCCCUUUGUUAGGUUCACUGAAAUAACAAAAACAAAGCAGCCAACAAUGGGAGUCUACACAUUUGUCUGCCGACAAUCAGAUGGCGAGUGGUCAGCCAAGCAGCUCUCUGGUGACCUUGAGGCCUCUGCUGCUGUGCCCUUCGAGCUCCAGAGGAAGCUCGUCAAUCUCGCUGCCUCCUCCGACUCAUCCGGUGGCGUUCAGUCCUCUUUCUCUUACGUCACCCCUUCUUCUGCAGUUUUUCAGGUGAUCAUUGGUGGUGGUGGUGGUGGAGGUUUUAUUGGUGGUGGAGCCGCUGCUGCAGCGGCUCCAGCAGGAGGCGCAGCAGCUGCAGCUGAAGCACCUGCUGAGGAAAAGAAGAAAGAAGAGCCAGCUGAGGAGAGUGACGAUGAUAUGGGAUUCUCUCUCUUUGAUUAGAGUGUAUGAUUUAUGCCAAGUUAUUACUCUCAUCUUGUUCUUAUUUUGAGUUUGGUCUCCAGUUCUUUUUGUUUUGUUUUGCUAGACUUGGUGAAAUGAAAUUAGACUUAGAUUUUGGAUUAGAGAAAUUUCAUUUUAUUAUUAUUAUGAAAAAGCAUUUUUGGAA